AGGAAAACUGCGUGUUUAUUAAAAAAUAAAUAAAAGGGUGAAGGUUGGUUGAUCUUGGGUGAGAUAGGGGUUUGUGGCUGCCAGAUCUUCCCUGCAGCAGCAGUGAGAUGUUGUUUGUGGUGCUCUGGCGUGAUGCUCGGAGGAGCCGGGGAAGGUCAAACCCAGCUGAACUCCUCGGCGAGUGGCUGGGCAGCGAGUGGUGGGGAGAAAAUGCAGAAAAAGGAUAAAAACUGGGACAAAUGCGACCUCCUCUCCUCCGGGCCUGGCAGAAAAGGGUUAAGAGAAGCGGUUGAAUGCUGCAAGCCUCGUCAGGGUUGUACUAUUUUUUCUAGUGCAUAAGGAGAAGGGAGAGGAGGGUUGCACGGAAAAGGGAAUUUUCCAAGAAAAGAGGGAUCUGCGGCAAUAUCUGCACCUCGGGGGAUGAAGAGAGGAACCAACAGGCAUAAAUGGCCUGGAGAUGGCUGAAAUCUUUGCCGAGGAGAUUGGGACCGCGGGGUUAUUUUCCACCUGCCUCCCCUGCCCGGUUCUGUAAUCCUGGCUCAAAGUAGACAAGUCGAGUUGGAGCUGAAGAAGGGAGGCGAUGCCACACCUCCCGAGGACACUGGGGACAUCGGGUUUUGCUGAGCUUAGCAGCUUUUCACCGUCGUACCGAAGGCAUCAGACAGACGCUCCUCUGCCCUGAAGUGCAGAUCUGCAACAGCUCCCGGGAAGACUCUGUCUCUCUGUCUCUCUGUCUCUCUCUUUCUCUCUCUCCAGUCCAAACCAUUACAAGACCUGACUUCCACCAUCUGGGAAUCUAACCCCUCUUAUGUCCCUUCUCCUUUUUCUACGAUGACUCACCAUUAUUUUUAACUUUGAAGAGAGAGGAAAUUAUGGGGAUCUUGGAAGCCUGUAUUUCUCUCUAGGAUUUCCCCAGGGUCAGAUAAUCGGUGUUACUAAGAGACACUAAGAUUUGGCUUCUCCAGGUAAUGUGAUUCGUUUUCUGUGUGCCAUGGUGAUUUGCAGAGGAUGACAGGAGCCGGGACACCAGCGGUCGAGGAGGGGGACUGCGGUGGUCCGCGGGGCAGCUGGCACCGCCGGCUCCACGUUCCGGCAGCCGCAGAGCUUGGCUGCAGGCAGGGAGGGCAGCAUGUCAGCAGGGAAAGAGGAUUGGGAAGGUGCUGAACUUAAAAGCGGAGCUGGAGCUUUCCUGGAGGGUAGAUUGCCUGAGAUCGCAAGGUUAAAUGUUAAUUAACCCUUAGCUGCAAUGCCUGGAAAUGAGCUGAGCCCGGCACCCUGCGGGGUCCUCUCACCACUUCAGGGCUGGAUGGGGUUAUUUUUCUUCCUUCCUUUCGCUUCCCUUCCCCCCUUUUUUUUUUUUUUUUUUAACUGGAAUUUUUAUUUUUUAGCCCAAUAAUAAGCCCUGGUUUACCAAUGGCAGUUUUCCCAUGUUGGUUUUGAACAGGUGACGGUUCCUCAGGUGUUUUCUGUGUUCCACCUAAUGGGUUUAGAUGGGAGUUGUUGAACUCUGUCCCAAGGAAGGCAAAUUAACCCCUGCAGGAAGGGGAUAGACGUGUUGGAGAAGGGAUCUGCUCUCCUCCCCCCAACUUUAUUCCAUCUCUCUCUUUCUCAGCAGGGGCGAUUUUCUUUCUUCUUCUUUUUUUUCUUUCUUUUUUGGUUUUUUUUUUUUCCUCCUUUUUUAUCUCAUCCCUUUGCCUUUUCAUGAGACUCUUCCAAACCUACGUACCUGUCCUUCUGCAGGAUAGUAGCCCUGCCCUGAACCCGAUCCCACCGCCGGGCGCUGGGAAGAGUUUAGCAUAAGGAUUUCUUUUAAAGCCCAAUUAUGACAGUUGCCACCGGAGAUCCUGCAGAUGAGGCUGCAGCUCUUCCCGGUCACCCGCAGGACACGUACAACCCCGAGGCCGACCAUGAGUGCUGCGAGAGGGUGGUCAUCAACAUCUCGGGGCUGCGCUUCGAGACGCAGCUCAAGACUCUCGCCCAGUUCCCAGAGACCUUGCUAGGGGACCCUAAAAAGAGGAUGAGGUAUUUCGACCCUCUCCGGAAUGAGUAUUUCUUUGACCGGAACAGGCCCAGCUUCGAUGCGAUUUUGUACUAUUACCAGUCCGGGGGGAGGUUGCGGCGGCCCGUUAACGUGCCCUUGGACAUCUUCUCCGAAGAGAUCCGCUUCUACGAACUGGGGGAAGAGGCCAUGGAGAUGUUUCGGGAGGAUGAAGGCUACAUCAAGGAAGAGGAGAGGCCGCUGCCUGAGAAUGAGUUCCAGAGACAAGUGUGGCUGCUCUUUGAGUACCCCGAGAGCUCAGGCCCUGCCAGGAUUAUAGCUAUUGUCUCUGUCAUGGUGAUUUUAAUCUCCAUCGUCAGCUUUUGCCUGGAAACGUUGCCCAUUUUUCGGGAUGAGAACGAAGACAUGCAUGGCAGCGGGCUGAGCCAUCCCCCCUACUCCAACAGCAGCAUGGGGUACCAGCAGUCCACUUCUUUCACAGACCCCUUCUUCAUCGUGGAGACACUUUGCAUCAUCUGGUUCUCCUUCGAGUUCUUGGUGAGGUUUUUCGCCUGCCCCAGCAAGGCUGGUUUUUUUACCAACAUCAUGAACAUUAUAGACAUCGUAGCCAUCAUUCCCUACUUCAUCACCUUGGGGACGGAGCUGGCCGAGAAGCCAGAGGAUGGCCAGCAGGGCCAGCAAGCCAUGUCCUUGGCCAUCCUCCGAGUCAUCCGCUUGGUGCGGGUCUUCAGGAUCUUCAAGCUCUCCCGGCACUCCAAGGGGCUGCAGAUCCUGGGACAGACUCUCAAGGCCAGCAUGCGGGAGCUGGGCCUCUUGAUAUUCUUCCUCUUCAUCGGCGUCAUCCUCUUCUCCAGCGCCGUCUACUUCGCCGAGGCCGACGAGAGCGAGUCCCAGUUCCCGAGCAUCCCCGAUGCCUUCUGGUGGGCCGUGGUUUCCAUGACGACUGUUGGCUACGGAGACAUGGUCCCCACGACCAUCGGGGGGAAAAUCGUGGGUUCCUUGUGUGCCAUCGCUGGCGUAUUAACGAUUGCCUUACCAGUGCCCGUCAUAGUGUCUAACUUCAACUACUUCUACCACCGGGAGACCGAGGGAGAGGAGCAGGCUCAAUAUUUGCAAGUAACCAGCUGCCCAAAGAUCCCCUCUUCCCCUGACCUAAAGAAAAGCAGAAGUGCCUCUACUAUUAGUAAGUCUGAUUACAUGGAGAUUCAGGAAGGUGUAAACAAUAGCAAUGAGGAUUUUAGGGAGGAGAACUUGAAGACAGCCAAUUGCACCCUAGCUAACACAAACUAUGUGAAUAUCACCAAAAUGCUAACCGAUGUCUAGUCGCUAAAAUCUAGUCCCGUAUUUAAAGCUGAAGUGGAACAAUUGCAGAUAUUGAGUGCUGCUCUGCAUUGUAGUUAACACAGUAUUUUCUACGGUGUAUAUUUGGUUCUGCAUGGGAAGCAAUAGCUGUGUAAGUGACUUUUAACCUUUGAUUUCUGCACCGAAUAAGCGUCCGUGCAAAAAAAAAACAAAAACCCAACGAAUCCAAACCAUUUUGUUGCCCUUCUCCCAUCCCAGGCUCGUGGGUUUCCAAGGAUGAGGAGGGCACGGGCACUUGGAGCAGCGGGAUGGGGAUGCAAGGGGCACCUCCGGGCCACCCCGGGGUGCCACCAAUCCUGGUCCCUGCCCUGGGUGACAACCAGCCCCCAAGGGCAGGGAACAGCUGGGAAAGGUCAGGCAGGACUUCCUGGAGGGCAGCUGCAGGCGCGGGGCCGGGGUGCCCCAGGGCUCGGGUUCCUGCCCCGGGAGAGGCGAGCGCGGCGCCCGGCUCGUGUUUCAUAACUGAAAAUGCUGCAUGCUGCAAUAGUUUCAGCCACUGCAGUGUGCCAGUGUGAGGCCCAGGGGAGGGAUAAUUAGUGUGACGGCACAUUAUUUAUUAAGUCUUAAAUUUUCUAUGCGAGGCAUCGGGAGGGACGAGUAAAUAAAUCAAGAGCUUGGAAUUUAUUUAUUUAUUUAGAUGACACUUCCAUCAUCAAUAUUUCCAGGAUCACCAAAGACACCUCCACUGACACAUUGAUAAUGAGUUGGAAAAAGCAUCUUUUUUUAUAUCUAUAUAUAAAACUGGAGCAACUAUGCUGUGGCCUAUAAUAUAUUUAUACUGCAGUGAAAUUUAACCAGUAAUACAGUACAGCUGCAUGGAUAUUUGUUGCAUGAAUCUGAAUAUUUAAUACACACACAAAUAUAUAUUUUCUUAGUAGACUAUACAGUAUUCAUGUUUAUAGUGUUUAUAGAUUCUCCGGUGGCUGGAAGGAGAUCCAUGGGAGUUAAAAAUAUCUCCCUUAUAGUUAAAAACCGGAUGGGGAAGGCGUGUGCUGACAACAGUUGGAUAGAUAAGAGUGCAAAGCCUGAGAGAUAACAAGGCAAAGCCUGAGUGUCCGAGCAUCCGGACACAAGAGCUGACGAAUGCAAGCCAAGGAAGGUGAGCUGAAAGUUAAACACCUGCGCUCAUUAUGGGGCAAGUAAUUAGUGAUUAAUCGUGGUGUCAGGAGCAGAAACCACGGCGGAUCAGAGAGAGCAGGAGGAGCAGGUGGAAUAGCAGGUUCCAGCUCUCCUGACUUGUUUGUUCAGCAGUUUUCAGCCAUUCCCGUAGAAUUCCCGUGUGUGUGUGUGUGUAUAGAUAUUUAGAGAGCGACUACAGGGCCGAAUCCUCAGCAAACAGAGCGCCUGGGACAUCGAGGACUUCCCAGCUCAGGGCUGCUGGGGUGGUGGGACACGGGCUGGAGCAGGGCUGCCUGCCCCUGGAGCCCGUGGGGUCACCAGGGCAAGGUGUGUUUUGGGCUUGAAAGCUCCUUUUGAACCCCCUCAGGGCUGGGGGUUUAUUCCUUUAUGAUGAAGCUGGCAUGUGCUGAGGUGGCCUGGGUCAGAGCUGGGACCUCUGAGCCUUUGCUUUGCCUUCUUCCAGGGUGUUUAAGAGCGGUGGGUCAAGGUGCAGAGAGCCUGAGGUUCUCUCUCUUUUCUUCACCCCCGGUGUUAUUUGGGGAUGGGCGAGAGCUGUUGAUCCGUGGGGAAUCUCACCUGCUUUCCCCAUCCCUGUGUGGGUUUGCUUGUGUUUUCCCCAUUGCUGACAAUCCUCAGGGAGAGGUGCCCUGUUCCUCUUCCAGGUCAGGGCAGAGGGAGGAAAAUCUCUGCCAAGGUCACGGGUGAGCAAAGCCUCCCUGGGCUGUGGAACAGGGUUCAGUCAGGGUGAACUUGGGCUGAACUGGGCCACGAUGAGCCCCAAAACUUUGCAUGAGGGGUGAGCACAAGGAACUUGAGGAGGGAUCAGCAAGACCCUUCCAUCCUCAGAGAGGAAACCCUGCUCCUAACAACAAUCCAAGCGGUGCUAAAGUAUCCACAGCAAUGGCUCCAAACGCUGCUCCAGAGCAGGAUCCAUCUUGUGCUGACAGGGCUCCGCUUGGCCAGUGGAAUCACUCCUCAGUUUUAUUUGAUUGAUUGAUUGAUUGAUUGAGGCCUGGCCAUAAUUAAUUCCAAGUGUCCAUGGUUUGUGCAUGGCAGUCCCUGCUUCUGCGUGGGGCAGAGGACGAGCAGCACCCAUGUGCUGAGGUCCAGGGGUGCUCAGGGCCCAGCCUGUCUUUAACUGGAUCUCGUUGUACUGGGAGUCCUGCACUCCCACUUUGCUGGGGCAGCCUGGGAAUGGGAGACCCUGAAGCCCCUUUGUGCACGCACACAAAAAAGCCACAACACAACCAAAAGCAAUAAAUCCUGAGUUCUGAAGCUUGUCCUGUUGGACGGGGCAGGGCUGGCGAGAGUCGCCAGCUCGGGCACGAUUCCCAGGGCGGUCGUCCAACUUCCAUGGAUCCAGCCUGUGGUGGGUCCGUGGGGACAUGGGCUCACACGGGGGAGCUGCCUGAUGUGCUGGGAUCCUCUGGGUGCCCCGAGCACCAGGAGAUCUCAUUCCUGCUCAGGGUUGAGGUGUUUUGCUGCUGGUUUUACUGCAGGUGCUUUGGAGGAUGCUGGCACUCGGUGAGACUUUGUGAAAUGCCCUCUUGCUGAACUCCCGUGGGCUCGGGGUGGUUUGGAGGAGUGUUGGCCACAGCACUGGGUGUGUGUUGUGGUGGUUUGGUGAGGGGGAAGGUGAGGUUUUCCUUUGGGGAGGCAGAGUUUUGGGCACGGUGUUCCUGUGGCUUUCCAAGGCCGGGCAGGAGGGGAGAGUGGAUCCCUGAGCAGGAUCCAAACAUCCAAACCCAAUCUCCGAGCUGCAGGGUCCUGGCCACCUCGGGAAGCUCCACAGUCACACACCAGGGGUGAAUGGGCAUGAAGAGCGAGAGGCCACACUCCUGUUGUCACCAACGUGAGGUGAUGACUGUCCCCAUGACAGAGGCCAGCACAGCCCGUCCCUUCCGUAGGACAGAGCUGGCACCUCCUGCACUGGCCCUGGCAGAUGUUCCUGGGGAAAAUGAGCCCUGGUGAGAGCGGCUCUGGGCUGCCCUUGUUUGGGACACAAGGAAAACACCCAGGGUCAGUGCCCAGGUGUUUGGCUCAGGGUGGAAAGGGUCAGUGAGGGCUGUGGCUGGGAGAGAUCCAUGGUUCGGAGAGAUCCAUGGUUAGGAGAGAUCCAUGGUUAGAAGAGAUCCAUCGUUAGGAGAGAGCCAUCGUUAGGAGAGAUCCAUGCCUGGGAUAGGUUCAUGACUGGGAUAGGUUCAUGACUGGGAGAGAUCCAUGACUGGGAGAGAUCCAUGAUUAGGAGAGAUCCAUGAUUAGGAGAGAUCCAUGGUUAGGAGAGAUCCAUCAGCCCACACAGAGCAGAAGGGUCCAGACUUCUGCCUCACACAGAGAAAUGGUUCCCCUACAGCUUUUAAUGGGAUUUGUGCCUGCAGGUCGGAGCUCUAGUGCUAUUUCUAGCUUUGCUUCUGACUCACUGAUGUGAUCUUGAACCAGUUUUUCAGGAGGAGACUGUGAUAUUUUUUUCUUCCUUAUUUAUUUUUUUUCUUAAGGAGUGUGGUUUGAGAGAGUCUGGGCCUGUUUCUGUGGAGAUGCUGAGCAUCCCAAUCUCCUCCUGACUCUGAAAGGUGCAAAAAUGAUCUGCAAAGUGGCUCAGACUGAGGAUGCUAAAUUAGGGACUGGGGAAGGGGAGGAACCCAUAGCUGUGUUAGAGCUCAUCAGGCCCCUAAAGAGAGAGGUAGUCUGGUUCCUUUCCUCCCCCUGAGGAGCAUUUCCCUCUCUCCAGGCCUGGGAUGGAAGACUGGAGCCCUCUGGUUUGUGGAGGUGCUCCUGGCUUGGCACCCGGAGGAGGCAGCACCUCUAUUUUAGUUUUAGCCGCCGUGCCACGGUUUUGGAGAGAGGGAAAGCUGUGAUUACAGAGCAGGUUUUCUUCUAACACCCAACCUCGUGCCCAAGCCUGCAGGCAGCCCGUCAGCCCUUUCAAAUCUUCCAGAAUAUCUGCUGAGGGCAAUGGGGUGAGGCUCAUGUACCAGCUGGAUGCUACCAAGUGAUUAGGAAAAAAUGAUCUCUCUGGAGCACGAUGUUUUAUUGGGAAAAUUAAUCUCUGCAGUGACUGUGUCAAAGUCCUACAGAUUUGAAUACUGAGCUAUAAGAAGAAAAGGAUCUCUGGAUUAGCAUUAUGAGAGUGUGGCACGUGGGUGUAUAAAUAUGGGCAUAUUUGUGCAUAAAUACACAGAAGGAGAGAAAAAGACAGAGGAGGAGGAGGUAUUUCAGGAAGGACCUUGCUUUGUUAUCAGAUAAUUCCUGGGUCAGCCCUUGAAACUGCUGCCAAAGCCUUGUAGCUUUUCCAGAGCUUGCAAUAUCCUUGGGGAUGGGACCAAGGGAAGGAUAUCUGGAUCUCGCCUUGGGAGUGGGAGCACCCUGAGGAUCUGGUGGCGUUCAGCUCCUCGCAUCCCUCUGCAAACAGCAGCUUUCAGUGUCUCUGUUCCAGCCCCAAGCCCCAGCUGUGACCAUUUCUGUGACAGUGCAGGGAAAGCCAAGCAGAGGUUGAAGGGAUUUGGUUGAGAUGCAGGUGCUGCACUGAGUGGGCUUUGGGGUUGUUGUCUGCAAUGGUUGGAGUUUAAGUCUCUUAAACGUUGUCAGCUUUUGGUCCCAGUGUGGUGGCUCCUGUUUAAUCACAGAAUCCUGGAAUGGUUUGGGUUGCAGGGACCUUAAAGCUCACUUUGUUCCACCCCCUGCCACGGGCAGGGACACCUUCCACUAGACCUGGUGGCUCCAAGCCCUGUUCAGCUUGGCCUUGAAACCUUUUCUCAAGAUCUCUGCCAUGAGACCUUAUCCCAAGGUCUGCAUCCUUGGGAGUGGUUCUCCAUGGGGGUUGUCAGUGGUGGUCCCUCGUGGGAACAGCUCAGUCUGCUGCAGGGGUGAGGAAAGGAGGAGCCAGCCCCAAACCUUUUGGUUUGCACUCAAACGAAGGCUGUGGCUCUCUCCUCACACCCCUGGCAGCAUUUGACCUUCUCCCCGUGACACAUCCCUUGGUCCCUCCUGUUGGGGCCCAGCUGCUGCCCCUGCCAGGAGCCCCAAGGGGGGACAAGGGUUCCCCCAAGCACCAGCCACUGCUCUGCCCUUCCCCAGCCCUGUCAGCACCCUUGGCCUCGGUGUCCCUGUGAUGUUUCUGCAUUUGGCUGCCCAAAAUUCACCCCCUGCUCAGAAAUGGCUGCUCUGAUCCUGCCCGUCAGGAGGAGAGGGCCCAGCCCAGGGGUGAAGCAGCCCUGGAGCACAGCACAGAUUUACACCUGGGGACAGGAUCCCCCAGCCCAGUUGUGCAUGAUGAGAGAUAAAUCCCUAAUUCAUGUUUUUCCUCCAGAGAGGGGAUGGUUUGGCUUUUAGGAGCUGCUAAACGUCGUGUAACCACACCAGGUCCACAUGGACCCACCAUGUCCCCUCCCCAGCCCUGCCUGGCUGUCCUGAGCUUGGGGGUGGUCUUCUGGGGUUUGGUUUUUUGAUUAUUAUUAAUUUUUAUUUAUUUUUCUGCUGCCUAUAAGAUGUAAUUAUCCAUUUGCACUUGCUCCCUCAUUGUUCGAGACUGUGCUCUUGUCCUCCAAUGUCAUCCCCGAAGCACAAGGGGAACAAAAAUGGGUAUUGGAUCAACCCUGCAUGUGGUGCCUAAUUUGAGCAAAUCAAUAGGAAGAGGAAAUCCAAGAAGGACUCAUCCUAAGGAUGCUGGAGCUGAACCUUUUGUUUCCAUGGUUACGGGAGAAAUGGGACCAGGAACGGAGAGAGGCCUAUAAACUGUUAAAGGAGGACUCUCGGGAAUUUCAAGUCAUUUAACCAUGCGUUUGCUAGACACAACUUUAGACACCAGCUGGAUCCGAAUUGCACAGUGUUUAUAGAAAUCCCUGCUUUAUUGACAGCUGG